AUGGAACGUUUACGUGACAGUUAUCGUGGUCGAUAUCGUGAUCGACAUAAUAAUAAUUCGACAAGUCGAAAUAAUUAUGACGAACGAUCGACACGUGGAAACUAUCGUGGACAUUCAACACAUGAUAAUGAUAAUAAUAAUAGUAAUUAUUCAUCCAGAAAUUCACCAAAUAAUGGUUAUAAUUAUCGUUCAUCACGUAAUUCACUUAAUUCUCGGCCUAUUUUAUCACGAAAUGGUCCAUCGACACACUAUCGCCAUCAUCGUAAUAAUGAUGAUGAUGAUUAUCCACAUUCAUCACAUCCUUCUACAUCAUCAUCAUCUAAUCGAAUUAAUAAUGGCCAUAAUAGUCAAUCAAACUAUUAUGAUAAUAGGUCAGCAUCAUCAUCAUCACGUUAUGAUCGAUCAUCAAAUCAUCGUGAAAUAUAUCCAUCAUUAUUAGAUGAUCAAGCAAUUCUUUCCAAAGGCCCACCUUCGUAUUACUCGAAUUCUCAACCACUCCCACUUUUACGUGAUCGUCCACUACAAUUACCUCCAUCGCAAUAUAAUGAUAUCGAUCAAAAUCGAUAUUUACCAACAUCAUCAUCUUCAAAUUAUCGAAGAGAUAAUUCACCACCAUUUGUUUCAUCCCAUCGAAA